UCUUCAUAUUUUAGUCAGAAAACGAAAAAUGCCUUUGCUUGUUUAACCGGUCUCCACAAGAGGUCCCCAUAGUCCCUCCUACCGGUUCUUAAAUAUCACGUUUUGUAUUUUGAUUUGUAUAAAAUAAUAUUUAGCCAACAAUGGCAGAAAGUUUAUGCGAAAGUGAAGAGGCCAAUCCUACGACUAAAAGAACAUCAUAUCUUGAUUGGGACGAAUAUUUUAUGGCAGUGGCCUUCCUUUCUGCACAACGAAGUAAAGAUCCACGUACUCAAGUUGGUGCAUGCAUCGUUAACAAUGAUAAUAAAAUUAUCGGUAUUGGCUACAAUGGCAUGCCUAAGGGCUGUGAUGACGAUGAAUUUCCUUGGAAGAAGGGCCCGCAUUCUAGUCUAGAUUCGAAAUAUCUUUAUGUGUGUCAUGCAGAAGUUAAUGCUGUUUUGAACAAAAACUCGAGUGAUUGCAAGGAUUGUACAAUGUACGUUGCUCUGUUUCCCUGCAACGAAUGUGCAAAAAUAAUAAUACAAUCUAGCAUAAAGACAGUGAUAUACAUGUCAGAUAAAUAUGCUGAUAAAGUUCAGACAAUAGCUGCGAAGAAAAUGUUUGAUGCUGCUGGUAUAAAGUACAGACAAUACAUUUCAAAACAUAAAAAAAUAGAAAUUGACUUUGACGAUACCGACUACAUGAAUCAAUCACUGGAAAGUCCAAUGAAAGAAAAUGCUUGACAAAGGAAAAUAUCCACUUGUACUUUUAAUAUCAUGUAUGGUAACAUAUACAAUAAAGAAAUUUUAUCUAUUAUCAUUUA